AUGCAGAGCAACUGCUCCCUGGUUGUCACCACCAGAGAAACUCUCCAAGUCCUCUACACAGCACUGACAAACUCCACAGCUGCAUUGCACCCACCCCCUCCCUGCCCUCUCACCUCUUCAGAUUAUCAUUUUUCACUAAUUCCAGCAAUCUUCUCCGUGGUUUUUGUUCUGGGCUUGGUUGGCAACAGCGUGGUGGUUUUGGUGCUUUCUUGUCACAGCGGCCCCAAAACAGUGGCUAAUAUCUACAUUUUCAACCUGGCCGUGGCGGAUUUGCUGUGCCUUGCCACCCUUCCCUUCUGGGCCACCUACUACUCGCAAGGGUACAACUGGCUCUUUGGGUCUCUCAUGUGCAAAAUCUCCAGCUCUGUCCUGUGCUUGAACAUGUUUGCAAGUAUCUUUUUCAUCACGUGCAUGAGCGUGGAUCGGUACCACGCCAUCGUCCAUCCUCUUCGCUCUCAGGGAAGAACUUCACAACAGGCUUAUUUUAUAGCCCUGGUUGUGUGGGGCCUUGCCUGUUUGUCCUCCCUCCCCACUUUUUAUUUUCGUGAAACUCACUACGUUGAAAACCUGGGGGUCAAUGCUUGCAUCAUGGCCUUUCCUCACGAGAGUUAUGAAGAAUGGUCUGUGGCAACAGCCUUCCUGAAAAAUGCGCUCGGCUUCUUCAUCCCCUUGACAGUCAUCACCACCUGCUACGUCUGGAUCAGGAGGCACUUGCUUAAAGCACAGAAGUUUGGGAAAACCAAGCAGAAGAGGGACAAAGUCCUAAAGCUAGUGGCUGCUGUUGUCGUGGCCUUCUUAAUCUCCUGGUUCCCGUUCCACAUCCUGACAUUUUUGGAUGCCUUGGCUCACAUGAACAUCAUUAAUGACUGCGGCGUGACCGGGCUCAUCGACACAGCUCUGCCAUUUGGCAUCUGCUUGGCAUUCACCAACAGCUGCACCAACCCUUUGCUCUACUGCUUCAUUGGGAACCAGUUCCAGGAGAAACUCCAUCGCUUGUUCAAGCGCCGGGUUCACCAGUUCAACAGCCGUGGAGAGAACUCUUCUUUGAGGAAAGGGAGCUGCUUCAGAGAUGCUGAGACCCCCGUGGGCAGGGAAGAGGGACCUGAGUCCUUGCUGUAG